ACAUAAUAAUUAAUAUUAAUAUUAAUUUUCUGGCAAGUCGAAAUGAAAUGUUUGUCACAACACAGAAAGACAUUUUGACCUAGUCUGAAAUAUAAGGUAGAAGGUUCAUGCCAAUCUAGUAACCCCUCAUUAUAUACAAGAACCUGUUGUAACACAUCUGAUCAUAGCAUACUCUCCCAUUUCAUUUUCUAUUCACGUCAGCCUGAGAUGGCAGCAGACACGGUCAAGCACUUCCCCAAGCACUGUACAUCCCCUCGUUUGACCCAUAUUCAUGGGGUGUCCCGGCCUCGUGUAUAAACUAAUCUAAUAGCCGCAUAGUUUCAGCCCCACCAAAGACAUAAGGAAAAAAAGGAAAACAGAGGGAUGGAGGGGCGGUGGAGAGAACGGUCGAGGCAGGAGGGGACCUUGACGUCACUUGGGUUUUCCACAAUAAUGUAUACUACGCCAGACUGCAGCAGUUUAAGUGAUCAUCACUCCACUUCCUCCCCUUGACUCCACAACACGCUGGCUUCAUAGGACAUUGUUAUUAACACACCAGCAGCAGCAGCAGCAGCAGCAGCAGCAGCAGCAAUCUCAGCUGUAGGCAGUGAAAGCCGUGGGUGUCUGUGUGUCUUUUACGUUCAUCUGUGACGCCAUCAGCAUGCGUGCCCUGGUACUGCUGGCGGUGGCCACAGCCUGUUUGGCGAUGCCGGAACUCCUGAGCUUCCCGGCGAGCCUCCCCGCUUCGAGGGGGUCACACCAGACUACGCUCGGGGACAAGAUUCAAGAGCUUGGCCUGGAUGUCUCGCUGGAGCUGCAGAAACCAGGCAAUGUGGUUAUAUCGCCCCUCAGUAUUAGCGCCCUCCUCUCUAUCCUCAUGAUGGGAUCCGCGGGCCACACUCACAGGGAGCUUCGGCGUGGUCUCCGCUUCGAAGACACUCACUCCGAGAGUGAUGUCCAUCUGGGAUUUCAAAGGUUGAUGGAAGAUCUCUCUAGUGACGGACCUGAUGUUACUCUUAACGUAGCCAACGGCCUCUUUCUGCAGAGAGGCGCGGGCAUCAUAUACGACUUCACCCAAAAGGCUCGCACCCACUACAACAGUGUAGUCAGCACGCUCGACUUUCACAACUCUUCUGUGGCGUCCACGAAAACCAUUAACAAUUGGGUGAAUGAAUCCACAAGUGGUAUGAUCCCCAAUCUCUUCACGCAGCCACUCGAUCCUCUCACCACCUUUGUUGCCGUGAACACCGUCUUCUUCAACGGCAAGUGGCUCACGCCCUUUGACCCCAUGAUGACCAAGGACAGGGAGUUCGAUACUGGCGCAGGAAAAGUUCAGGUACCCAUGAUGAGCGGGACAUUUACUCUGAACUACAUCAACAUCCCUGAACUGGAGGCCCACAUGGCUGCCUUCCCCUACAAAGGUGGCCGGCAGGCCAUGUACAUCAUUCUGCCCACAGGUCAGCCUACAAGCAAUCUGGAGCCACUGGAGCAGGAUCUUACCGCCGAGAAAAUCAACUCCCUCAUUGGCAAAAUGACUCCGCUGGAGAUGAGGGUGGGACUGCCUCGAAUGCGCCUUUCCUUCAAAUCAAGCCUGCGAGACACGCUCAAGAAACUGCACAUGGGGUCCAUGUUCAAUCCUGCCGCAGCGAACUUCUCCCGCCUGACGACGCUGCCUGUGUGGGUGGACGAUGUAGUGCACGAGACCGUCAUCGAAGUCACUGAGGAAGGCACAAAGGCCGCCGCCGCUACUGGCUCAGAAUUCAAUCGUAAAGGCAGCUAUAAGGCCUUUAUCGUCAAUCGUCCAGCUAUCUUCUUCAUCCGGGACGAGGUGUCCGGCGUGCCGCUCUUCUGGGGCAAACUAGAGCUGCCUGAGGCCGUCAGUAUGUAGUGUCCACGUUACCGUCAAGAACAUGCUUUCUUGUACCAUCGUUUCCAGUACUAUGCGUGAAGACCCCACACCGACGCUUCCUGUGUGGGGGCCAUGCACAAAGUGAAUGUGCGGCCUGGAGGUGACGGUGCGUCCUUGUCUGUCUGUCAUUCUGUAUCCAUGUUUGUAUUGCUUUGUCUGUAUGUAUGUCAGUACUUCUGUCAUUGUCUUUA